AAGAAGAAGAAGAAGAAGAAGAGGUGUUGAGACCCAUCCGGAGAAGGAGAACUGAGAGCAUCAUGGAGGAGAACAAAGAGACCCCUGGAGCUCAGAAACUGAAAGGAAAGAGACGUCACAGCUGUCAGCAAUGUGACAAAUCAUUUACACAAUCUGGAGAUUUAAACCGCCACCUGCGUAUUCACACAGGAGAAAAACCGUACAGCUGUGAAGAGUGUGGGACAACUUUCAGUCAAGCAAGUAAUCUCAAAUCACAUCAACUAUUCAUACUGGAGAAAAACCGUACUGGUGUGAAGACUGUGGGAAAACGUUCACUAGAUCAGAUGCUCUCAAAUUACAUCAACUAUUCACACUGGAGAAAAACCGUACAGCUGUGAAGAGUGUGAGAAAACUUUCACUACAUCAAGUGCUCUAGAAUCACAUCACCGUAUUCACACUGGAGAAAACCCGUAC